GGAACCGGUUUAAAAAAAUCAGGUAAACCUAAAUAUAAAAAAUGUUGAGAAGAACCAUAAUAGGUUUAUCAAAACAACUGCAGACUCUCUCUUCAAACAACGUUAAACAAUGUCGCGGUAUACACAGAACUGUGGGCGUGCAUGCAGAUGAAGGAGAUGAUUUAAAGGAAAAGCCUGUGUACCCUGGUUCUAAGCAGUUGGAGUUUGUAAAUCAACUCAACUUCCUCAACCCUGAUAAUGAGCCUGCCAUCCCGGUGUACCGUGUUAUGGACAGAAAAGGGAGGAUAGUCAAGCAUCAAGGGGCCAGUGAAGAUCCAAAUCUAGAUAAAGACACUGUGAUAAAGAUGUACCACGACAUGACAUUGCUGAACACGAUGGACAAAAUCCUGUACGACUCUCAACGACAGGGCAGAAUCUCGUUCUACAUGACCAACUUUGGAGAGGAGGGCACUCAUAUAGGCUCUGCAGCGGCCCUCACAAAGAAUGACUGGAUAUUUGGUCAAUACAGAGAAGCAGGUGUGUUGAUGUGGCGGGGCUUCCCCCUGGAGGCAUUCAUGGACCAAUGCUAUGGCAACAGCGGGGACGGAGGGCUUGGCAAACAGAUGCCCGUGCACUACGGGUCUAAGGAGCUGAACUUUGUCACUAUCUCCUCAACACUUGCUACACAGAUGCCACAAGCUGCUGGUGCAGCCUAUGCCAUCAAGCGUAGCGGGAAGGACGCCUGUGUGAUCUGUUACUUUGGAGAGGGAGCCGCCUCAGAGGGAGAUGCACACGCUGCUUUCAACUUUGCAGCAACACUGAACUGUCCAAUCAUAUUUUUCUGUCGAAAUAACCAUUUCGCUAUUUCAACACCAUCAACGGAACAAUACAAAGGAGAUGGUAUUGCGUCUCGGGGCUCAGGGUAUGGCAUGAUGACCGUGCGUGUGGACGGUAACGAUGUGUUUGCCACGUACAAUGCCACUAAGGCAGCUAGAGAAAUCUGCGUGAAGGAGUCAAGGCCUGUCCUUAUUGAGGCCAUGACAUAUAGACUGGGUCAUCACAGCACAUCAGACGACAGUUCGGCGUACCGGUCGGUGGAUGAGGUAUCUUACUGGGAUAAGCAGGACACCCCUAUAGCACGCCUACGCCAUUACAUGGUUAACAAGGGCUGGUGGAGCGAGGAGACAGAACAGAAGUGGAAAAACGAGUCACGAAUGAGGGUUGUGAAAGCUUUUGAAAAAGCAGAAGCCAAAAAGAAGCCAAGUCCUGACUUGCUCUUCACAGAUGUUUACAAGGAGAUGGAGCCCCAUAUACUCAAACAACAGCAGGCCAUGAAGGCCCAUGUGAUGAACUACAAAGAACAUUACCCUCUAGACAAGUUUGAAAAAUGGAAGGAUUAACUGUGGAUGCUAGAGAACUAUGAACACUGAAGUAUAACAUUACAAUGAAAAAUGUCCAAUGUGUGUCCAAGAAGACUAUACUGUUCAAAAAGAACAAGUUAGACAAAUUGAAGUAAUCAUUACAUUUGUUAGUUGAUAGCAUAAUAUUGUAAAUUAAAGUUGUGGAAAAGAUGUUGUUUAAAUGGAUGAAAAAAGCAUUUUACUAUUUUACUUGGGGAUAAUAAUUGUAUAUACUCCGCCAAAAAUUAAUUAUAUUAAACAUAAACAUAUUAAAUUAAUCUUUAUAAGACCAAAUUUUAAGGAUUUUAACAUAUCUAAUUUUGUAUAUCAUGUUUCAAAUGAUUAUUGGUGCACUUGUGUUUUUAAAAUGCUUGUAGUGGUUUUCUUUACUGAUAGUGAUUAAGUCAAGAUGAGCACGGCUAUUUGCAAGUAGUUUGCCAUCAAAAAUAUUUUGAAAUACAUGUAGUUAAGUUUGAAAUAGCAUUUUUUUUGUAUUCAGCGUUUACAUAUUGUAGUACAAAAAAUAUAAAUAGAUAUAUAACAACAUACAUGCCAUAAUUUUUUGCAGGCCAAAACAGUUUGUGUUCUAGUUUUAAAUUAUAUUAUUUUGAUAUAUUUAGAAACAUUUUCAUUCUUUCUAUUAACAUCUUAAGUGUAAACAAACUAAAAUAAAUUACUUAUGUAUCAGCUGUUAUUAUUGUCUGUAUUUAAUCUCCAAGGUUUAUUGUCUGUAUGAAAUUAACAACAUUCUUUAUAUCAGCUUCAGAAAAAAAAAUCAUAAAAUGUACCUCAAAUUAUUUGAAUGUUAAAUUCUUAGUAGUAAUAGAUAUGUUAUAAUUUCCCGAAGUUGGUUAUAUGUUUUAAGCCGUCAUUCCAUUUUGAAAAUAAGUUGACAAAAAUAAAUUGUUGAAUGCUUGUUAUUUGAGUUAUGUAAAUUAGUAAUCAUACAGUUGUUAUAAAUUUGCUGUGUGUUAUGCAAUUAUAUAGUACACGUAUUAAACUAAAACAGUCAUCAAGGGUGAAAGUUAUCCCUGUAAUUUCUCACUUAAAGCAGAUGCAAAACAGGAGUAUUCGUAAAAUAUCUAUCAAAAUUGUAUCGUUCACAUUGAUUACACAAGGACAAAGGGCUUCACGUUGAUUUAUUGAAUAAAUACCCUAAAAUCAA